AUGAUGCUCUCGUGUAAGAUGAGUGGUUUGUGCUACUGGUUCUUAAUGCUCACCCUGAUCGCUCGAAGCCAGGCAGUGACUCCGACAGGAAAAGUGGACUUUUCUGAAGCGGACGAUUUAAACGAUGAAACAAACAGUGGAUUUGUGAGUGUUUACAGGAACUAUCCCAAGAUCCAGGUGACGGUGGACACGCAGAAGUUGAAGCGUGUCCCUCAGCCCGAAACGAAAAGUGAUGAAUCGAGUUCUGGUAGCUCGGGAAGUUCGGGUUCGGAAUCGGUCGAAAGACCCUCGGUUGGUGUGCGUACUGAUAUAACGAUUGAAAUUUCGGAGGAGGCUAAUGCGAAUGAUACAAGACCGGCGGAUCGUGAUGAUAGGAAAAAGGAUCGUAACGAUCGUCCGAGUGAUAAUGUUGGAGGUGGCAAAAAGGAUCGCAAUGGUAAUGGGAAGAAUGCAGAGGAUGCAGAUGAUGACAAUGCGAGCAUACCGGUGUUUAAGGGUAUGGCAGGUGUUUCGACGAAAAAGCCUAAACCAACUCCAUCGAGAGGAAUCCCGCCGCACGGACCGAGGCCAGGCGUGACGCUUAGUCAGCGACCUACGGUGACCAGUUUUUACGGACCAGGAAGUGAUGAUCGGAAUCGUAUUAGUGGAGAGUAUGAUGGAUGGAAUUCGCACUAUCCGCAGCACACCGUGACAGCUGUUUGGACCACCGAGAGACCGUAUCUUCGUCGGGUGGAUUAUGAUUAUUCUGGGCAACAUCGUUCACCUCCGUAUUACAAGGGUUACGUUCCGUACAAUGUGGGCCACUCGCAACAUUCGCAGUCGGCGGAACAUCACCACACGGGUGACUGGAAACCGUGCUACUGCAGCAUCUAUCAGCCGUGGGCCUCACGUGCCCCAUCCAAUCCCGACCUGUCCUCCACAAGCUCCGGCCAUCCGCCACCGCGAAACACCGUCGACAACAAGGUGGACGUGCCGGCCGUUCUCCAGUCGCAUCACCACCAGCAACACUAUCGAUCGAUCCGUUCGUAGCGGAAUGCAUUUAUU